AUGGGAGAUACUUCAUUAGUCCUGGCGGAUCUCUCCGAUUUUCUUGAGAGAGCCAAAAACCCAGUUCAGAAUUCAAUGAUGGAGAGAAUAGUGAAGAGUGGUUUGAUUGAGGCCGCCACAUUUCCCAUUGUUGCACCAUGCCUAGAGUUAGUAUUGGAAUGUAUGAAUAGGUAUGAUGCGGAGCACAGGUGUAUUAGGAACAUCAAUGGCGAAGUGUUGUUAAAAAUUGACAGGGACACUGUUAAAAGGAAAUGUCCAUGCCUUGUAUUGGGAAGACUGGAUGUACUUCUAUAUACAAGUCAUGCUGAACAGAAGCGCCUACCUGGAUUGGGGGCAGGUGAUUGCAGAAAGAUUACACGAGAGUCUGAACAGAAACUUCAAGCAAAUGCAGUUCGUAGACUUAGAACCGAAUUCCACGACCCUAACCACCAUCCUCUCUGCCUGCGCAAAAUGGAAGCUUUCGAACAGUUGGCAGAUGUAGAGCUCAACUUAGCAACCUUUUCCAGCAUCCUCCCUGCGUGCGCCAAAAUGGGAGCCUUGGAUGAGGGUAUGAAAAUCCAUCGAAAAGUGUUUGAAGACGGAUUUUCUUCAGAUGUUAUAGUUGUGACAGCCUUGAUAGACAUGUAUGCAAAAUGUGGAAAUCUACAGAAGGCACAUGAAUUGUUUGAUGGUAUACCUCAACAAGAUGUGGUUUCAUGGACUGCAAUUGUCGCUGGAUAUGCACAGAAUGGGUUUGUUGAUAAAGCUUUGGAGAUAUUCAAGCAUAUGCAAUUUUCAGGUGUAAAGCCCAAAUUCAACAACUUCUGCCAGCCUUCCUCUACGCCAAUGCUAAGGUUUGGAGUAGGUUGUGAACGUCCAUCAUCGAAUGACUUAGUUGCUAUUACCUUGGCCGAUAUGAAUGCAAAGUGUGGAAGAACAUAG